AUGGCUACCAAAGCUGCUUAUAAAAGAUUAACAAAAGAAUAUGUAGCAAUCCAGAAGAAUCCGCCACCAUAUUUGAUAGCCAAGCCACUAGAAAGUAAUAUUCUAGAAUGGCAUUACGUUAUUCGUGGUCCUCCAAAUACACCCUACCAUAAUGGAGAAUAUCAUGGUACUUUGAUGUUCCCCAGUGAGUAUCCUUUUAAACCUCCCUCUAUUCGAAUGACAACUCCUUCAGGACGAUUCCAACCAGAUGCAAGACUCUGUUUAUCCAUGUCAGAUUUCCAUCCAAGUACUUGGAAUCCUAGCUGGAGUGUUGUUACUAUUUUAACUGGAUUAUUAACUACUACCGGGAGUAUUAAGACAACAGAUGCCGAUAAAAAGAUAUAUGCUACACGUUCGCAUCAAUUCAAUAUGAACGAUUCAAAGUUCAGAGGAUUACCAAAUGAUCCUGGAGCAGUCAAUCAACAACAAGUUGCCUUAAGGAAAAUGAAUUUGCAACGUAGACCUCCAGAUCGUGUUGAGAAUUGUCAACGACGGCGUUGUGAUCAAUGGCGUAAAUGGAUAAUAGUAUCGUUGGUAUGUCUAUACCUUGUUAUAACAAAAUUGUUGUCCCGAAGUGCCGAAGCUGUUUCAGGUAGUCCCGGUAGUGAAGCUCCUCACAUGUAA